ACCGUGUCCACUACAUCUCACCGCGGAACACCAAAGCAGCAGUUCAACUCAACAACCCGACAGAUCUCAUUCAAACAACCUGUAUCUCCACUUCUCCAAGGCUCCUGAAGCACUAACUACUGGUGGCUCCGUGGUUCAGAAGGAGCCCACUCCGGAGGUCCUGGACAGAGAUGAGUAGUCCCGAUGCGGGGUACGCCAGUGACGACCAGACCCAGGCUAGGUGUGCGAUGUCCGUCCUGAUGCCGGGAAUGGGGCACUGUCAAUGGGCAGACCCCAUCAGCCCUGCCGGCGGGGACGCCAAAGUGAAGAACGAACCGUGUACCUCCUCCGGCUCCGCCUCGGGGGCCCAGAACCGCGGGAAGACCGAGCCUCGGAUCCGCCGGCCCAUGAACGCCUUCAUGGUGUGGGCGAAGGACGAGCGGAAGAGGCUCGCGCAGCAGAACCCCGACCUGCACAACGCGGAGCUCAGCAAGAUGCUCGGGAAGUCGUGGAAGGCUCUUCCUGUGGCGGAGAAGCGUCCCUUCGUGGAGGAGGCGGAGCGGCUGCGGGUGCAGCACAUGCAGGACCACCCCAACUACAAGUACCGCCCCCGCCGCCGCAAGCAGGUGAAGCGCAUCAAGAGGCUGGACUCCGGCUUCCUGCUGCACGGCCCCCCGGACCCCCACCAGGCCUGCAUGGACAACCUGGGGGGGCUGGGCUACCACGACCACCCCUUCCAGCUCCCGCCGCCCCCCCCUGCUCUGGGCCACUACCGGGGCGAGGGUCCCGGUCUGGGCGGGGGGGGCUACGAGGGGGGCUACAGCAUGCCCACCCCAGACACGUCCCCGCUGGACGCCGUGGACACGGACGCCAUGUUCUUCCCCUCCCACGGCCAGGACGACGGUCACAUGAUGUCGCCCUACUCCCCCUACGCCCACCACCACCACCACCACCACCACGCCCCCGCCGCCGAGUACCCCCCCGGCCACGAGCCCCCCCACCAACACCAUCACCACGGCAACGCCAUCCUCCACAGACACCUCACCGCGGGCCCCGAACCUCCGCCGUACAACCCCAUGGCCAUGUACUACACCAACCAGCACCACCAGCAGCAGCAGCAGCACCAGCACCAGCAGCAGCAGGGCCCCCACCCCAAGAGGCAGGGCCUCCACGGGGCCCCGGGACAGCUCUCCCCGCCCCCGGAUGCCCAGCACCCCCACGCCCACGCCCUGGCCGAGGGCCCCGGGGACCAGAUGCUCCCCGGGGAGCUGCUGGGGGAGGUGGACCGCAGCGAGUUCGAGCAGUACCUCAGCUCCGCCUCCGGGCGGCCCGACAUGGGCGCCUGCCUGCCGUACGGGGGCCCCCACGAGGCCUCGCUGCAGGGGCCCGAGAGCCUCAUCUCCUCCGUGCUGUCGGACGCCAGCACCGUUUACUACUGUAACUAUAGCAACACAUAACCCAUUUCGCCGUGAGGCUACCCGGGGCGGAUGGCCCCGGGCCUCGGGGCCGCCUUAAGGACAGAGCAGGGCCUCGUUAAAGGGACACUAUCUCAUUAAAGGGACGCCGUGGACCAACGGGGGUUGUAGGGACCCCAGAACUGACCCUCCCCCUCCCCGGGGGGUAAGAUGGAUACCCAAGGGGACUGCAUCCGUCGGGCAUCAGACCCUACCGCUUGUGAUGUCACUAGAGGGGGUCUCUCCGUGGGACCCCCUCCAACCUUCAGGAAGGACUUUCUACUGAUGCAGGACGUUCUGCUGGCUUCGGAGGACUAUCUCUCUGAAACCAAACCGACGGUGUUCCUAGGCCUUUGUGGGUUCACACGUCGUCUUUUAUUCAGGAAUAUAAAUCAUGUUAUUGUUAUUAUUAUUAAUUUUGUACAGACUCCCUAUUUUAAAAUGUAUGCAGCCUAUAUACUGUGGGUGUUUUAUACUU